GGGGGAAAAAAAUAGUGUCUGUUCCCUGAGAGGCCCUGGGUAUAACUCAGGAUUGUGAGCCGCAGUCUCAGUUUUCAGCACCUUCAGAAAGCCAUCUGGUCCCCCUACUCACAACCUGAUCCAUGCCCAUUUGCCUGGGGCAAAUUCUGGGUUUGUAUCACUAAGGCACGGGGUAGCAGCCCCCACCCUGGAAUGGCCCCAGGAAUCUGGGACCCAGUGAAGUCCUGUCCUAUCUGCCUUCCCAGCCCACUGCAUUUCCCCGCCUCAGUUGUGACCUCAUGUUAUUCCAGAGUGAGCUCCCUUCCUGGGCCUGUUUUUCUGCUGGACCCUGCCCCAGAUUGUGGCAGGGGGCUGUGGUGGGAAUGGAAUGCACUGAGCUGGCAGCCGUGGAGGGCCUGGCUUGGAGGGAGACACCUGCUCAGGUGGCCAGGAAUGGAUGCCAGCCCAGCCAAGGGGGUCCUUGUGCCAUGGCCAGCCUGACCCAGCAGGCUUCACCCCUAGUGGCCACCAGGUAGGGAGGGGGAGAAACCAAAGACUAGAAGGUAAGAAGGAUUGAACUGCAAAAUGGGCCACAAAGCGGAAGGGAAAAGAGACUCAGAUUUGGGGAAGCUACCCUUCCACUGGCCUUGGGGACAGCUGUCAGGGUAAGAGACAAAGACCCAAGCCUCAGACCAUGCCUCCCAGGCAGCACAUGAGGGAUGCUGGCUUCUCCCCACCCCACCCCCCAGCUGCCUUCCUCACAAUGGGCUUCAUUGCUGAGGUGGGAGGGGCCGCCCAGGGAGGGCACAGCAGGAGGCCUGCCAGACAGCCCCGGGGAGCCUACCUUUCAAGCAUGAGCCAGACCACCUGGGCUCCCUCACUCCCAGUGUGCUCUUAGCUCUGCCUGCCUGGCCUGAGGUCCUGGAGACCUUCUUGGAGCUAGUCCAGCAACCAUCAUGCAAGGUGGUGCUGGUGGCUGCCCUCUUGCUUGGAGGCGGAAGCCUCAUGCUGUGGAUUCAGAAGAAGAGAAGAAAGAUCACUGCUGGGUCUGUAGAAGACGACUUCGAGGCACCAGAAUCCCAUAAAGCAAAGAAAGAGGACUGGAUCAAGUCUCACUUUAGCCGCCUUUCUGAUGAAAAGCUGGAGGCCAGCAGCCAUGCCACCAUCGCCACUCCCCAGCCGGAGAGUGGGAGUGGGGAGGCAAGCACCAGGAUCCGUGUGGACACCUUCACCACAAGGCAUGGAGAGGGAGGCACUGCUCUCCAGCGGGAAUCCUUCACCAGCAAGCAGCGGACAUCGGGGUCCUCAGUGACCAAAGAAACCCACAAGGAGUCUGGGAAAUCCUCGUCCACGGAUGAGGCCACCUGGGCCGCAGUGGCUGCCUGCACCAAAGAGAUUGACUGCAAGGGGAGGCACCUGGCAAACUCCAUGCUACAGCGAGCCAGAGCUUGCCAGCUCUCAGGCCACCUGGAAUCCAAAGACAUCAACCAGGAGGAGUUGAAGGCCCUGGAGGAGGUGGAGAUGAAACUGAAAGGGAAUUUCCUCAUCCAGCAGGAGAACACCACAGCUGGCAUGAACCACACUCACACCUUCCAGGGCCACAGUCACUACGGCCACCAGAGCCACCAGAGUCAUCCAGUCCACCAGGGUCAACCAGUCCACCAGAGCCACCAGGCUCAUCCAGUCCACCAGAGCCACCAGCCUCAUCCAGGUCACCAGAGCCACCAGGCUCAUCCAAGUCACCAAAGCCACCAGAGUCAUCCAGGUCACCAGAGCCACCAGAGCCACAGCAUGCCCAACCGCAGCCACCAGAUCUAUGACCCCUUUGAAGCCACCUAAACAUGGAUGAAGAUGUCCCUUCCCCCAGCAAGGCUGGCAUACAUACCCAGGCAGUUUUCUCUCCUAUGUGGCAACCUAUAUGGCCCAGGGUGAGAUGCUGCUGGCAAAAUCCUCUCUUCUGCAGCCCCACAGGGGUCCCGGGCCCCUGCAACUCUAUGCAUGGGGUCUGCCACAGAUAACAGCCCCUGAUGUUGGGAGAGCUGAGAGGAGGCGAAGCAGCUGAGACACUCUGAGGCUCCUGAAGACCCAUGGAGAGAAGACAGACAAGGCAGACACCCAGGAGCAGUCAGGAGCCCCACACUGAUGCCAAAUGCCUGAAACUGAGCCAAUAAAGCCUUGUGUACCCUCACUCUGAGUCUGGAGGCUCUGUGGCCAACCUGAGGUCUGGGCAGGGAAUGGAGAGAAAGCUCCUUCUCCAGCAGUCCUCAGUGUGGGGGCCAUGGCCUGGGGUAUUUUCACUGGGCUCUUUUGAGACUCCUUAAAAUGGCUCCCUGGGUCUCAAAUUCAACACUCAUCAACCUGGCUAUGACAGCCAGGUGUUGGAGAUGAGGGAAAGAAAUGGGCUUUCAGAAGAGGGUAACCAAGUGGUAUGGGACAUAGGGCUCCUGUCUUCUUUGUGCCGUCCUCAUCAUGCCUAUUUCUUCUCAAGCUAUAUGACGUCCCUCACUGCAGUUCUCUCUCCCUGUCCCAGUGCCUCCCCAGGCCCACUGGGAUCCAUGUUUCCAUGUCGGUACCUCCCCACCGCCUACCUUCAGAGCUGUUAUGUUGGUAUAAUUUCUGUUCUUGUUUCUGUUACUAUUGCUGUGCCUGUGAAUGUGGCUGCUACCCUGUAUUAGUAAUACCAGUAUUACUAAUACUUCCAGCUUCCUCUUUUUGAGUUUUUAGCACAUGCCAUGCUCUGUGUUAAGGGUUAAAUGUUAAGUCACAGCCCCAUGAAGAAGGUAUUAUGUUAUCUCUGUUUUUCACAUGAGGAAUCUGAGGUUCAGAGAAAUUAUGCUGAGAAGACAUAGAUUGCAAGUGAUGUUGCUAGGAUUAAUCCCAGUUUUGCCAGAUUUCAGACCCAUACCACUAAUCUCAGCCCUGUACAGGCUUCUUCCCACCAUCCCCAUGGGGGUCUACUUCUCUCAUCCUUAUUCCUCACCUCUUCCUAGAUAUUCUGAUGCUUUCUCUGUUCUCAUGCAAGCCUGGGACUCAAACUGCCUCCUCCUCUUGUUUCCCAAGAAGCCAUUUCUGGGGCAAGGGGUGACCCCAAGUCAGUUAAAGCGAGGCAGCUGCCUCUCCCAUGAAAUUUGAGACAAGUCAGCUACAAGGUACUAUCUAAUCCCAAGUGACUACAAGAAAUUUGAACCAUUUGGAUCUAUUAUGAAUUUACCAGUGGUUCCCAGCCUGUGGACCUUAAACCCCAGCAAGAAGGGUGGGGGAGGGGAGGAAGUGCACAGCAUUACUGCAAAGGAUGGAUAAACCCAAAAUGUUGUCAUUUAAUUUUAUGAAGUACAGUUGCUAGGAGUAUUUGAAUUUUUUGACAUAACUAAUAGAUGACAAUAUUAGAAAAAAAACUGUUACUGUCAAGUUGAUUCCGACUCAUAGCAACCCUAUAAGACAAGAAGAACUGCCCCACAGGGUUUCCAAGGAGCAGCUGGUGGAUUCGAACUGCCGACCGUUUGGUUAGCAGCCGAGCUCUUAACCACUGUGCCACCAGGGCUCCAUGACCAUAUAUAUAUGUAUGUGUAUGUAUGUAUAUAUAUGUGUGCAUAUAUGUAUGUAUGUAUAUGUCACGGAUUGAAUUGUUCCCCCCCCAAAUAUCUGUCAACUUGACUAGGUCAUGAUUCCCUUGUAUGAUUGUCUACCAUUUUAUCAUCUGAUGUGAUUUCCCUAUGUGUUGUAAAUCCCAUCGCUAUAAGAUGUAUUAGCAGCAGUUAUGUUGAUGUUGUCUACAAGAUUAGAUAGUGUCUUAAGCCAUCUCUUGAGAUAUAAAAGAGAGAAGUGAGCAGAGAGACAUGCGGGACUUUAUACCACCAAGAAAGCAGUGCUGGGAGCAGAGCGUAUAUCCUUUGGACCUGAGGUUCCUGUGCUGAGAUGCUCCCAAACAAAGGGAAGACUGAUGAUGGGGACCUUCCUCCAGAGCCGACAGAGAGAGAAGGCCUUCCCCUGGAGCUGGCGCCCUGGGUUCAGACUUCUAGCCUACUGAAGUGUGAGAGAAUAAAACUUUCCUUUGUUGAAGCCAUCCACUUGUGGUAUUUCUGUUAUAGCAGCACUAGAUAAAUAAGACAGUUUGUAUACAUGUAUGUGUGUGUGUACGUACAUAUAUACAUACACACACACACAUCAAGAGGCAGUCGUUUGAACAGAACGAGGGGAUACUGCAUGGUUUAAAAUCAGGAAAAAUGUGCGUCAGGGUUGUAUCCUUUCACCAUACUUAUUCAAUCUGUAUGCUGAGCAGAUAAUCCGAAAAGCUAGACUAUAUGAAGAAGAAUGGGGCAUCAGGAUUGGAGGAAGACUCAUUAACAACCUGCUAUAUGCAGAUGAUACAACCUUGCUUGCUGAAAGUGAAGAGGACUUAAAACAUUGGUAAAGAUCAAAGACCACAGCCUUCAGUAUGGAUUACAUCUCAACAUAAAGUAAACAAAAAUCUUUACAACUGGACCAAUAAGCAACAUCAUGACAAACAGAAAAGAUUGAAGUUGUCAAGGAUUUCAUUUUACUUGGAACCACAAUCCAUGGAAGCAGCAGUCAAGAAAUCAAAAGACGCAUUGCACUGGGCAAAUCUGCUGCAAAAGACCUCUUUAAAGUGUUAAAAAACAAAGAUGUCACCUUGAAGACUCAGGUGUGCCUGACCCAAGCCAUGGGGUUUUGAGUUGCCUUAUAUGCAUGUGAAAACUGGAGGAAGAAUAAGGAAGACCAAAGAAAAAUUGACGCCUUUGAAUUGUGGUGUUGGCAAAGAAUAAAGAGUAUACCAUGGACUGCCAAAAGAACGAACAAAUCUGCCUUGGAAAAAGUACAACCAAAAUGCUUCUUAGAAGCAAGAAUGGCAAGACAAUGUCUCACAUACUUUGGACACGUUAUCAGGAAGGAUCAGUCCCUGAAGAAGGACAUCAUGCUUGGUAGAGUAGAGGGUCAUCAAAAAAGAGGAAGACCUUCAAUGAAAUGGAUUGACUGCAACCAUGGGCUAAAGUAUAACAAUGAUUAUGAGGAUGGCGUAGGACCAGGCAGUGUUUCGUUCUGUUGUACAUAGGGUGGCUAUGAGUUGGAACUGACUUGAUGGCACCUAAUAACAACUAUAUGUGUGUCCUGGUGGUACUAAUGGUUAAGCACUUGCCUACUAACUGAAAGAUUGGCAGUUCAAACCACCCAGUGACUCUACGGGAAAAAGACCUGGCGAUCUGCUCCCAUAGAGAUUACAGCCAAGAAAACCCUUUAGGGCAGUUCUACUAUGUUCCAUGGGGUCGCUAUGAGUCAGAAUUGACCCCACAAUUUUAGAUAUACAAAGCUAUAUGUAUGUAGUCAAUCACAUUGGCAAAUUUUGGAGACUGCUAAACUAGACAAAUGCAAGAGGGGGUUGGCUUCUGAAAGUGACUAUCAAAAUUUGUGCACAUAUCUGGACCACCUUAAAUCCCUUUUUAAAGCUCAUUACAUGAAAUUUUAGCGAACUACCACUUUGAAAUCUUAAAAAUAAGUUUUUUAACUGAUAAAAUUUAAAUAAGGUCUUUAGUUAAUGUUAUUGUACAAAUGUUCAUUUCCUGUUUCAGAUAAUUGUACUAGAGUUGUGUACGACAUUUUGGGGGGUGGGAGCUGGAGGAAAGGUGUAUGGAAACUCCCUGCAUUCUGCAAUUUUUCUGUAAAUCUAAAAGUAGUUCAAAAUUAAAAGUUAAGAAAGUUUUCAGACAAUUUAGUUAAGAGUACAUGGCAAAGUUUUAAUUACAGUUGUACUGCAAGGAAAACAGUCUCUAGCCAGCCAACUUAAGGAUAUACUCUUCGUAAGGGCGUUUUAUGAGAAAAGAGAAUGGCUAGAUGAUCAUUGUUAGAUUAGAUACAAAGAAGAUUUAUCUAGUCUGGGCUGGUUUCUCAGAGAAAGCUGAAUACCACUAAAAGUUCAUCAGAAAAUUGCUUAAGCAUUUUAUCAAGAAUGCGUACUUCUUCCCAGAGGGAAGUUCUGAAUAACAUCCUUGCAAAAAGGUUCUGCCCAAGACCAGGUUUGGGACAAUUUUUCUUUUACACAACAAAUUGCCAGCAGGCAUUGUGCUGGGUGUCAUGGAGCCCAAAAUGAGGAGGACACCAUCCAUGAACUGGAUGAUUCUAGGCACAGCAAGACAAGUACUGCACGAGGCGGACAGGACGCUGUGGAGCACCAAGGGGUAAGGAAUUGAAGAAGAGCUUAGUGACUCUUACGGCAUUUGAGGUGCUUCAACUAGGGAGGCGUUCCAGGCAAAAGGGAAUGGCAUGAGCAAGGGUUUGGAAGCGGGGAAGGGGCAGUGUGUCUGGGGGAACCUGGACAGUUUGAUUGAAGAGGAACGUGUAGAAAUAGGCAUGGAGUGGGAGAAAAGGCCAGAAAAAUGACUCUAAAGCUUAGUGCCAAGGAGGACUUUGGAGACCAUCCAAUCCAAUUCCCUCAUUUAAAGUGAAGGGCAGACUGAGAAAUUUUGCCUAAUCCUAGGGGAGGAGGGACUUGAAAGGUUCUGAGGCCCUCUGUGCAUUUGAGUAGGUAGGCAGCAAGGAACUGGUAAUGGAAGUUCAGAGGAGAGCUGUCCAGUGGAGGGAUCCCAGAAAGAAAGAGGAGGUGACAAAGAUGAGGGACUGAGAAGGCAUAACAGUGACUGGGGACACUCCUUAUAUAAAAGAGACUGUGAUUCCUCUUGGCCAUGGUAAGUCACCAUGUCGCUGGUACAUCUCAAUCCCAAACACCCAGUCCCCUUCCCAGGUCACACUGGCUUCCCUGAGCAACCAGCAUAACCGUGGGGGCAGGGGAGAGUAGCUUCUGAAAUGAGAAUGAGCCUCUUUGGUCCUUGAGUGCUGUCUCCCCUCCAACACCAGCUGUCCUCCUUCUCAAAGGAAAACUGCCACCUUCCUGAUUUAAGUCUUGAGCACUUUCUCCUGAGGCCAUAAUAAUUACAGCUCACAUCGAGUGCCAAGUUCUAUUCCAAGCCCUUUACAAAUAGCAUCUCAUUUAAACCUCAAGACAGCUCUGUGAGGAAGGUACUAAUAUUACCCCUAUUUUUCAGCUGACGAAGCUGAGGUUUGCCUAAGCCUUUUACCCAAGAUCUCAUAGCUGAUGAAGGGCCACACUGAGACUUCAAUCACAGCUUCUCUGACUUCAGAGCCUAUGCAUCGAACCAUUCUGCUUCUCCGCUACUCGCUUGCCUCGGUCCCCUGCG